UCACUACAGUUUGUUCUAGGUCCCUCUAUGGAUGAAGAGCCUCGGGGGUAUACAGAGGCGACCUGUGCUUCGUAUUUUGAGGAAUCCUCUGUCCUCUGGUUAGAUGAGGAGGAGGGGCGUAUAUUGUUUCAACAGUGAACAUGGCCGCCGUGCAGGACUCAGACUGGGAGGCGCAGCCCGGAAGUGCGUCAUUGACGGGCGGAAGUGGCGAUCAGGACUGGGUGGUUCCCGUUUUUUGGCCUGAGGGAAGUUUAUCGGGUUUGAUGGAAGAAAUGUCAGGAGAGAGUGUGGUGAGCGCUGUGGUGCCAGCUACUACAACCCGGACCACCUCUUAUAAGUGUGCCAGCACCAGUUCCAAAUAUGUGAAGCUUAAUGUAGGGGGGGCCUUGUAUUACACCACCAUGCAAACCCUCACCAAGCAGGACACUAUGCUCAAAGCAAUGUUUAGUGGGAGAAUGGAAGUGCUGACCGAUAGCGAGGGUUGGAUUCUUAUAGACCGUUGCGGGAAGCACUUUGGGACCAUAUUGAAUUACCUGAGAGAUGGAGCUGUUCCACUUCCAGAAACACGGAGAGAAAUUGAAGAACUCUUGGCAGAGGCAAAGUAUUAUUUGGUGCAGGGGCUGGCAGAUGAGUGUCAGGCAUCUCUUCAGAAUAAAGAUGUUUAUGAACCGUUCUGCAAAGUCCCUGUGAUCACAUCAUCAAAAGAAGAGCAGAAGUUGAUCGCUACAUCUAAUAAGCCUGCAGUCAAGUUACUGUACAACAGAAGCAACAACAAGUAUUCCUAUACCAGUAACUCUGAUGACAACAUGCUCAAGAAUAUCGAGUUAUUUGACAAGUUGUCACUGCGGUUUAAUGGAAGGGUAUUGUUCAUUAAAGAUGUGAUUGGUGAUGAAAUCUGCUGUUGGUCGUUCUAUGGUCAGGGGCGAAAAAUUGCAGAGGUGUGCUGUACAUCCAUUGUGUAUGCUACAGAAAAGAAACAAACUAAGGUUGAGUUUCCAGAGGCAAGAAUCUAUGAAGAGACUCUUAACAUUUUACUGUAUGAGGCCCAGGAUGGACGGGGACCAGACAAUGCUCUUCUUGAGGCCACAGGAGGGGCAGCUGGACGCUCUCAUCACCUUGAUGAUGAUGAUGAGCGGGAUCGCAUCGAAAGAGUAAGACGGAUUCACAUCAAACGACCAGAUGACAGGGCUCAUCUUCACCAGUAGGACUUAUCCACUUGACUAUGAUUUCUCCGUCCACAAAACAGGCCUGUCUGCUCUGGUUCGUACCAGGCCACAUGAGAAAAGGUUAUGGUGGUUGUAAAUGGCACCUGCCUGUGAGUUUGGGUCCAGCCUCAUCUGCUACAUUUUCUGUGACUUAUUUAUAUCACUUUGAAGGGACAGAGACCAAACUUGAGUGCGUUAUUUUUUUAAUUUUUUUUGUUAUGAUUGUAAGUAUGGAUCGACCCAGCCCCACAGCAGCUCCUGGUUGUUUCAUAGUAAUCUAGCCAGCAAAGCACCAAGAUAGGACAUAUCAAUUGUGGGAAAUGAAGGUGAAUUUGUGUCUCGAUGGACUAAAUAUAUUGCCUUAAUGCAUUGCUUCAUAGUCUGUGGUACCCAUUGACUGUAUAUUGUGUAGACCAAGAAAACCUUCUGUACUUCUGCUCGGUGCAAUUAAUUCCAUUAGAUGUUUUGGAGGUAAAUUGUCUUCAUUGGUUUGCAUUCAGAUACUUUUGCUGUAUACCUGGUGAGGUUUAAGUGCGUUUGAUGGAUGUCAGUUCUAACUUUAUUUCAGUUACAAACGUUUAUGGCUCUGCUGGAUCUAAACUGGGAACUAUCCUUACCACCUAGACAAGCAAUGCACCUUCAAGUGUUUUUAUUUCCGGUUUAAUAUUCUAUAUAUUUUUCUUUUGUUUUACGUAGCUUUAGUCUCUUAAAUGUAUAAAAUAAUUUAUAUUGACCCAAUAAACCAAUAUGGACACUUUUG